AUGAGACCCCAACAGAAGGGCUUGACAAACAACGAUAUUGAAGAAAUGUUGAACUUCGAUUGGGAUGUUUCCAGUGACGAGGAAAGCGGCGAUGAGGUGGAAGACAUAUCUGCAGUGCUGGAGAGGAAUUUGGAAGGGAUCGUGGAAAGAGGAGAAAGCAUAGAGAUCGACCUUCUUGACAACAUACUGGCGGAUGAGGUUGAGCAAGAAUCUUCUAGACGGUCUACUUAUAAACAAUAUAACCCAGCUAAGCCCCACAAAUGGGGUUUUAAAAUGUUUACUCGUGCUGAAACUACUGGCAUGGUAUAUGAUUUUACAAAGUAUGUUGGCGAAGGAACCUGCCCGUCAUACGGAUUGGGACUAUCUUCGGAUGUUGUCCUUUAUCUGGCUCAAAACCUUCCCAAACACAAGAACUUUAAACUUUAUUUCGACAACUGGUUUACAUCAGUAAGUCUUCUUAUUGCGUUGAAGGAAAUGGGCAUAUUUGCAACAGGUACUAUACGUAAAAAUCGG